AAAGCGAAGAUCAGUCUAUUACAAAACUCAAAAUAAAAAUAGAAGCAAAAAAUCAUAGAAACAAAAUGGCUAUCAGCAAGAAAAUGUUAACCACAUUUGUCCUCACUAUCCUCUUAGCCGUAUCUUUUGUUCAUUGCUCCGAUAGAACUUCUGGUGUUGGUAUAAAUCAAGAGUAUGCAAAAUGCUACGACCUAGCUGAUUGUCAAAAACCCAAAGUGGACGAUGCCGCAUGCGAGAGGUUUUGUGGAGCUAAAAGCUUUUUAUUAUAUGGUAAAUGUGAUACUGCUACCAACAAAUGUUGUUGUAAGUCUAAGACGAAAUAAUCUAAUCACAGAUAUGUAUCCGGUUGACAAAUAACAUCAUUUGAUUCAUUGGUUUUGACCAUCAAUCAAUAAAAAGAGAUCGAGAUUG